AAAUCUGUAGCUUAAUUUACUGUGAUCGAAAGGACUUUUAUGAGAAUGAUAAUGUAAUCGCAUCAUACGUAAUGUACGAACAUGGGUAUGCAAUCUCUUGCUAUAGAUACAAACAGUAAUGUCACAAGUAGCAUGACGUAGAAAUGAAUAUCAUUCAUUACGCUGUUAAUCACAGGUCGCAUACUAUGGCUGCCAAAAAGCUUGUUUAUCCCGCGGCGGAUCGCAAUAAGGAUCCAAUACUAUCGGUUUUAAAACGAUACAUCCAGCGCGGCACGAAUCAAUCCUUCCUGGAGAUAUCUUCUGGUUCUGGGCAACACGUGGCGCACUUCGCGCCUCAUUUCCCGCAUAUCACGUUUUACCCCUCGGAGUACGAACCGCGACUUCUGGAAAGCAUCGCCGCGCACGCUAAUGGAUAUUCGAACAUAAAAAGUCCCAUGAAAAUUGACAUCACCACGGAAUUCCGGCUGUGGGAUAAUCGUAUCUUCAAGCUGAAUAGUUUAGAGUACAUAUAUAAUGCGAAUAUGAUGCAUAUCUCGCCGUACGCCUGUACCAUCGGCUUAUUCAACAACGCGGGACAAUUGCUGAAACCGAACGGGCUGUUAAUUACGUAUGGACCGUACGCAUUUGAUGGUCAGAUCACUCCGCAGAGUAAUAUAAAUUUCGACAAGUCUUUGAAAUCGCAGGAUCCGAGUUGGGGUUUGCGAGACGUGAGAGACUUGAAGAAGUUGGCCGAAGAGAACGGUAUCAAGUUAAUAGAAAUAGUGGAUAUGCCCGCUAAUAAUAAGACGAUAAUCUGGAAGAAAUGUGUGCAUUCAUAAAGAAAUUGAAAUUGGUGUGAAUUUAUCAAUUAAACGUUAGCUUAAUGAACUAAACUUAAAUUAUCGCUAAUUGGAAAAUAACUUAAUCGAGAUUCAUCCUUGUGCAACAUAUUGUAACCCUUACCGAGCCGUGAAAUAAUAAUUCGAUUUACUUGUCUCACAAAACAAGAAUUAAAUUACAAACGAUUUAUCAUCACAUAUAUUAUCACUAAAUUUAAAUUUAGAAAUUUUUAUUUAAUUGGAUUGGAAAGCAUUAUUUCUGGUAUUACGCAAAUGACUGUCAUGUGUUUUUUUGAUAUUUCUAUAUUCUUAUACGUAUUUUAUUUGUUAUUAACAAUAUUUUUUAUAUACAUACUAUAUACAUAUAUUAUAUUUUAUUUUACGUUAAUAUUUGUGGUAGUUCACACUUUAAUCCCUGAGAGAUCUGUGACUUUUGUACAAGACUCAUAAAAAAAUAUAGUAUAAAUUAUACCUUAUUAUAAUACAACAUUAAAAUGCUAAAAUAUAUCUUGUGUGAAGUAUGAA